CUUAGCCCCAAUUAGAAACCUAGAACAUUCUUCUGCUAUUGCUGGCGCGAAAACUGCCAAACGGUUUCGAAUUUUCUAGCAAACACUCGAUUGAUCCUGUAGUUUGUUUAAAUACGACAUCACCUAUCGGCAUGCAAAGCAUCAAAAAAUUGCAAAUCACAAAAUUCAUCACUAUAAUAAUUCAUCAACCUGGUCAAAGAGAGGAUGUCGCUGAUUCCGAGUUUCUUUGGUGGCAGAAGGAGCAACGUUCUCGAUCCAUUUUCCCUUGAUGUUUGGGAUCCAUUCAAAGAUUUUCCAAUCUCCAAUUCACUUUCCAAUUCCUUUGCUGAUAAUUCAGCAUUUGUGAGCACACGUGUGGACUGGAAGGAGACUCCCGAAGCGCACGUGUUUAAGGCGGAUCUUCCUGGACUGAAGAAGGAGGAAGUGAAGGUUGAGAUUGAAGAUAAUAGCGUUCUUCAGAUAAGCGGAGAGAGAAAUGUUGAGAAAGAAGAUAAGAACGAUCAAUGGCAUCGCGUGGAGCGUAGCAGUGGGAAAUUCAUGAGAAGGUUUAGAUUACCAGAGAAUGCUAAAAUGGAUCAAAUAAAAGCAAACAUGGAGAAUGGUGUUCUCACUGUAACAGUCCCUAAACAAGAAGUGAAGAAACCUGAAGUCAAGACCAUCAAUAUCUCUGGCUAAAUCAAAAUCGAGUUCUGUGUUUGAAUCCGUUCUUUGCUUUAUUAUAAUGCUUACUAUGUGUUUUUUUUUUGUGUGUUUCUGUACUGUUUGUAUGAAAGAAAAAAAAAAUGAAAUCAUGUAAUAUGUUUUGUAAUUUCCAGAAUUUUAUGUGAAUAAAC